GGCCCCUGCUCAGCGAUUGGAGGAAACCCCGUGGAUCGGUUAGAGCUUUGAGCGCUCGGAAGAGAUUGGACUCUCCCAGCGGCAGUAGCCUGAGAGACGCGCAUUCGCCCAGCCCGGGGACCCGACAACCGCCCGCUGCAGCUCCCCUCUCCGACACAGAAACUUUAGCCAUGGAUAAAUCCGAGCUGGUACAGAAGGCCAAAUUGUCUGAGCAGGCAGAGAGGUACGAUGACAUGGCCGCCUGCAUGAAGCGAGUGACGGAAGAAGGAACUGAACUGUCCAACGAGGAGAGGAAUCUUCUAUCAGUCGCCUACAAAAAUGUAGUGGGUGCCCGCCGGUCGUCCUGGAGGGUCAUCUCCAGUAUUGAGCAGAAGACAGAAGGGAGCGAAAAAAAGCAGCAGAUGGCUCGAGAGUACCGGGAGAAGAUCGAGACAGAGCUGAGAGAUAUCUGUAAUGAUGUUCUGAGUCUUCUGGAAAAGCACUUGGUUCCCAAGGCAUCACAAGCCGAAAGCAAAGUUUUCUACUUGAAAAUGAAGGGAGACUAUUACCGUUACCUGGCUGAAGUAGCUAGCGGAGACGACAAGAAAACCAUCGUGGAGCAGUCCCAGCAGGCGUAUCAAAAUGCCUUUGACAUCAGCAAAAUGGAGAUGCAGCCAACGCAUCCCAUCCGGCUCGGACUGGCUCUCAACUUCUCCGUGUUCUUCUACGAGAUCCUAAACUCCCCAGAAAGAGCCUGUUCUCUGGCGAAAACGGCUUUUGAUGAAGCUAUUGCUGAGCUCGAUACUCUGAGUGAAGAAUCAUACAAAGAUAGCACAUUAAUAAUGCAAUUACUCCGAGACAACUUGACAUUGUGGACAUCAGACACUCAAGGAGAUGAAGCUGAGCAAGGAGAAUGCGGCGGAGAGAAUUAAUCAGCCUUCCUUUCCUGUCUGCCUCAUUCAAAAAAAAAAAAAAUGACACAAUAGACCAUUGUCAUCCUUACUGUCCCA